AUUGACCUCUACGAACAAAAACCAAAUAAUUGCGUCUUAAGCAGGCGCACAUCAGUCAUUUUGAACAAACGAGGUGGGCGGUAGUUACCUUCCGCGUCUGCCUUUGCCGACUAUACAUAAAUCUUUUUAAUAAACCGCAGACUCAUUCAUCGAAUUCAACACAGAAGAAAAAAAAAUAUUUCGAUUUUUGAAAGGAUUCUACAGAGAAAAUGGGAGAUUGCAGACCAUUGGGGUUCUUACUGGGACUUCCAUUUGCCCUUGUUGCACUGGUUUUGUCUGUCGUUGGUGCGGUUAUCUGGGUUCUUGGGACCGUAUUGAGUUGCCUGUGCCCAUGUUGCAUUUGCUGUGCUGGACUUGCUAACUUUGCUGUGGGUCUUGUGAAGCUUCCUGUUAAAGUUCUUAGAUGGUUCAUUGAUCAAAUCCCAUGUUGAUUGAUGUUGGUUCUAUUUCUCAGAUAUCUUCAACAGAUUUUUAUUCUAGUAAUUUUUUUUCCAUCUGAUCAGAUCUUAGAGAAAGUAGAUUGGUUUUUAAUUUGAUAUUGUUUAUUUUUUGUUAGAUGAUGUGAUUCAAUGAGUUUAUUAUUUAUUCUUGGACGAUUAACAAAGUUCAAGCAUUGAUUUGAUUCCAAAUGCUUUCUCUUU